AUGGACGAAGACGAUGAGUUCGGAGAUCUCUACUCCGACGUUCUCCAACCCUUCCACCCUCCUCCUCCUCCUCCUCUCCGUACAAUCGACCUCAACCUCCGAUCCGAAGAUCAAGUCGCCGCGGAACCUAAUUCACCUCCCGUCGCUAGGGUUUCCAUCACCACCACCGCCUCCAAACCAUCGACGACUCUUUCUCAAGACGCGAAUCGCAAAUCAAUCGACGACGACGACGAUAAGGAAAUGAACUUCGACAUCGAAGACGAUUCCACACCAACGAUUCCUGGUUUGUCCACUACAGAUCGACAAAGUACGACGGCGUUAAUCGAGAAGGUUGCCGGCGAUGGAGGCUACGGAGGAGGAGAUGAUUGGGAGGAUAGCGACAGUGAAGACGAUCUCCAAAUAGUGUUGAACGACAACAACAGCAACGUCAUGAUGGGGAGAGCAAGGAUGAGAGGCAACGAAGAAGAAGAAGAAGACGAUGACGAUGAAGAGCAACCGCUUGUUAUAGUGACGGAUGCGGAUCCGAAUCAAGCUAUGGAGGAGCAGCAGCAGCUUUGGGGAGAAGAAGGUGCGGAAGGAGAUGGCAAAGAAGGAGAAGCUGUGAAAGGGAGUGCUGCUGGAACGGUUAAAGCUGGUGGUGGGUAUAGCAGUCAUGGUUAUCAUCAUCCGUUUCAUUCUCAGUUUAAGUAUGUGAGACCUGGGGCAGCACCCACGCCUGGAGCUGCUGCUGGGACCUCGUCAGGCCAAGUUCGUCCACCCGCUAACCUUGGUCCUAUGGCUGGUCGUGGCAGAGGAGAUUGGCGUCCGAUGGGAAUGAGGAAUGCUUCUGCUGCGCAGAAAGGCUUUCACCAGACUUGGGGUGGUAAUACAGCUGGGCGGGGACUGGACUUUACUCUUCCUUCUCACAAGACUAUAUUUGAGUUCGACAUAGAGACUUUCGAGGAGAAACCCUGGAGAUAUCAAGGAGUUGAUAUCACAGACUACUUCAAUUUUGGACUGAAUGAGGAGACCUGGAAAGACUAUUGCAAACAGCUGGAUCAACGCCGUAUAGAGACUACUAUGCAAAGCAGAAUACGUGUCUAUGAGAGUGGCAGAACAGAUCAGGGUUACGAUCCAGAUCUGCCCCCGGAGUUAGCUGCCGCAACAGGGGCGCAAGGUGUUCCUGUUGAUUCCUCAAAUUUGGUGAAGCUUGAAACUGCUCAAGGUGACUCAGCUAAUAUUCGACCUCCACUGCCCCCUGGAAGACCAAUACCUGUGGAGACUGGUUCUGGUGAGCGUCCGUCAUCCAUUGAUACACGAGCUCCUCGAAUGCGCGAUCUAGAGGCUAUCAUUGAGAUUGUAUGUGAGGAUUUCCAUGAAGAUGAGCCCUCUGGUGAAAAUGGCGCAGAACAAGCUGAUAAUAGCCUUCCGGAAGAUAAUGCACCAGUUGAGACUGGGUAUGUUAACAGCGAGAGACCAGACACGGAAUCUGCUAAACGAGUUCCUGCCCAGGAUCGCAAAAAACAAGACGAUGAGAUCUCUAGAAGCACGGAUAGUGGCCAAAGUUUCCGUUCGUCUUCUCCUGUUGGAGACAGAGGCACAAGGUCAUCAAGUUUUGAUCGUGAAGAUGUGGAAGGUGAAGCUGGCAAAGAUGCUGAGAUGGAGGAGGAGCAUAAAAUGAAUUCUGCAGUCCCUCGGUCAGCAGUUGAAGAAGAUGAUGGAGGGGAAUCAAAGACAGAGAGAAGUAGUGAAAGCAGCAAAGCAAGAUCUGGAAGUCACAGAGAUCAUCAGCAAUUGAAGGAUGGUGCGGAAGAGGAAGUUAUUCAAGAUAAGAAGCAUUUUACUCGACCAGCUAGCAAUAAGAAACAUCACGUUAAUAAUGCACCACAUCAGAGCAGAAAGUAUCAUGACAGAGGGAAAGAAAUGGAAAGAACUCGAGCUGGGAGCAAAGGUGGUAGUGAGUACUCAAAUCCUCAUAUUGAGGUUGAUCCUCGGUAUAUUAACUCAACUGCAAGCGGCGAGGAUUUUGAUAAAAGGAAAGAGCGAGUUGUUGAUGGGGGAGUCUGGCGCAGGAAAGAGGAUGACAUAUUCAGUAGAAGAGGUGGUGAUGAAGGCUCUAGAAAAAGGGAUCGUGGAGAUGAUCUGGGCUCUAGGCAGAGGGGUAAAGUGCGAGAGAGUCAACUACGCAGCAAAGAUGACCAUGUUCCUUCAAGAAAUCAUGUGGAUGAUGGUGGUUUGAGAAAUAAUUAUGAAUUGGAUGAUCACAUCAGCAAGAGGAGGAAGGAUGAAGAAUACUUGAGAAGACACCGCUCUGAAAAGAAUGAAAACGCAUAUAGUCAAAGAGAAUCAAUCAGCCGCCUAAAACGAGAACGUGGUGAUAGGUUGGACCACCAAAAGAGAGACGUCCAUGAUAUCGACGACCACGCUUCUCUCAGGCACAGAGAUGAUUUCUAUAUGCAGAGAGAUGGUAAUGAGAGGUUGAGAGAGCGUGAGGAUUUGGAUAAACUAAAACAAUCUCACGAGGAUGGUUUAUCAGCACGAGGACGAGAGAGGCAAGUGUCUGCAAAAGGUCGUAGAGGUUCAGAAGACCGAUCCUCAUCGAGGAUUAAGGACGAGUACAAAGCCUCUGACAAAGAGCAUCUCACCAAGGAUACAACAAGGCAGACUAAACAGACGAAGAGAAGGGAAUACCCUGGUGAAGAAAGUUCUUCCCAUCACAGAGGACACGAAGACUUCUCUGCACGCACAGACGACAUUGUUAACCAUGAGAAAAAACCAAGGACGGAGAGGACAAGUGUUAAAAGUGACAAGGUUGUGGAUUCUUUGGAUGACCAGAAAUUGCAAGACAGAAAACAUAAAGAUUCUAGACGAAAGACUAAAGAGCAACGAGAAAGCACAGAUUCAUUGAGGAACAAGCAAGGAGAACAAAAUGGCAGUUCCGAAGUGACAGGCUUAAAGGGAACCAACGAAGCAAGAAAACACAGGAAUGAGAUCCCACAGCAGCCCAACGCCACGAAAAGACGCAGGGAAAACGCUUCCUCUGGGGAUGAGCUACAAGAUUCAAAGAGAGGACGUACGAAAUUUGAGCGUUGGGGAAGCCACAAAGAGAGAGAUGAUGCUGUCACUGCCAAGGGAUCUUCAUCCACUCCUUCAAAAACUCAAGAGAAGGAAAAAGGCACUAAUGGCCGAGCUAGCGAACCUCUUGGCAAGAACCGGGAUGUAACUGAAGAGAAAAGUGGCCAUGACCUUGCGGAGACUAAAGAUGGAAGCCAGAAGGGACAAGGAGACCGGCACUUGGACACGGUUGAGAAACUCAAGAAACGCAGUGAACGGUUUAAACUUCCAAUGCCCACGGAGAAAGACAACAACGCAGGAGUAAAGAAACUGGAGUCUGAGACGCUGCCCUCUGCAAAAAUUGAAGGCCCUGCAGAUUCAGAGGUGAAAGCAGAGCGACCAGCAAGGAAAAGACGGUGGACAAGUAGCUGA